AUGCAUCUACCGCCAGUAUUCCUACAAGCGAAACUUACUCCUUCUGUAGAAUCUCGGCCUAUCGAUGACUACGGUAGACAUUCAUCUGUUGACCAAUCUAUCAUCAAUUCAUAUGGUAUCACAGCAAUGGAUGUGGAUGAUAGCGGCGAUCCCCCGACCGCUCUUAAUAACAAUAACAGCCAAUCGGGCGGACAGUUUGAAGAAAUCGAGGAGGAAGAACCUGAGCUUCUGCAUGGAAUUGCGGUCAGGAAUACCAAGGUUCCCUUUCUUGACCAGGUGGAUGUCGAGGAACUUCCGGUGAAUGAAGAUCCAUAUUAUGUGAACCCCAUUCAGUUUGACACAGAGGACAACACCCCAGACUCAGAGACUGAGAGUAGCACCGAAGGUGGAGAUGAGGACCUGGAGAAUUCUGACCAUGAAGAAUCAUCUUCGGGCAGCAGUGGUGAUGAUACAGAUGAUGAUGAUACAGACUUGGAAUUGCGUGCAGAUUAUGAAGCUGAGGCACAGUUUCUGCUUCCGCCAUCCAAGAAAGCCCUUCAUGCUGAAAUUCUUGAUGAAUAUGAAGUGGAGCCAAAGUCUCCAUCUUAUGCUGGCUCCGAAACAAGUGCAGAUCAUGAAGCUGAGGCAGAGGCCUUGCUUCCACUGUCCCAGAAAGCCCUUCGUGCCAAAAUUCUUGAUGGAUACAAAGUGGAGGCAAAGCCUCCGUCUUUUGGAAUCCAGCCAGUUUCAUUAACAAAAGUGCAAAUUCAUAGCCUAAGUCAGUGGGUUGUUUUCCAACUCACAAACAGCACUCGCCGUGCCCAUGAGGCCUACUCCAAAGUGCUCUCAGCAGCAAUUGGGGAGCCAGUAAUGAGUAUUGAUCGGUGUCGUAGACUAGCACAGAAAAUCACAAACUUCAUGCCAAAGUACAUUCCCAUAUGCCCAGGAAAAUGCAUAGCAUUUACAGGAGAUCAUAAGGAUAAAAUUGUUUGUGACUUUCUUCGUAAGCAAAAGAAAGGGCCCCUUGUGGCUUGUGGCAGAGAUCGGAAUCUGCCUGGGACUACAAAGCCAGCUGCUCAGUUUAUGGUACUGCCGAUAGUUCCUAUCAUUCGGUCCAUGUUUGCAAACUAUGAGAAAUCAGAUCUUUUGCGGUAUCGGGAUAGGCUUGUUAAGGCUGCUAUUGAGCUGUUAUGCAAGGGCAAAGAUGUCAAGUAUUCAGACUAUGCAAAUAGUAAAACACAUAUGGAUCAUAUCAUGAAGCAGGGUCUGUUUAAAGAUGAAUGUGAUAUGCUCUACAUCAUGUCUGUUGAUGGUGCUAUGCUCACUCUAAAAAAGCAAUCUGAUUCCUGGUUUCUGAUUUUGAUCAUUCUCAACUUGCCACCUGAAAUAAGAUAUCGUGCAGAGAAUGUCAUUACUGUGUUUUCAACACCAGGUCCUGAGCCACCUGGGGAUCUCAGCACAUUCAUGUAUCCUGUUGUGCAGGAGCUACUGCAAAUAGAAAAUGGCAUUUGGAUUUGGGAUGCAUUCCGAUCAGCAUAUAUUAUACAUCGUGCUAGUGCUGCAGGUCAUAGUGCUGACCAGCCAGGGCAAAAUAAGAACAAUGGCCACCUUGGAAUCAAUUCUCUGCAUGGAAACUUCUUCAAUUUGAAGUUGAUUGGGAUGAGAUCAAGUGCCAAGGGCUGCAAAAGAAUCUACUGGUGUGUUACUGUACCAGAGGGAGCCAAGAAACUCAACCCAGGCAGGCCUGACUAUGAUCUUGACAAUUUGCCUGAAUUUACAGACAAGGAUUAUUGGAAUGCAAUAGAGGAGCUAGAGCAGGCAGAGGAUGAGAAGACACGCAAACACAUAGUAAACAAGUAUGGGAUUGUCAGACUUCCUUUGCUAGGAGCAUUUAAAACAUAUUCCUGGCCACAGUUCUUUUUCUCUGAUCCAUUCCAUUUGUUGUAUGAAAACAAUAUGGCCAACUUUUGGGAUUUAUGGACUUCCAUUACCAAUUCAGAUGAGGUUACACACCUUUCUGUUGAACAAGCUACAAUUUUUGGACAAGAAGUAACUAAGUCUAUGGCAACAAUACCAGCUGUAUUUACAGGACCAGUCCGUGAUCCACACCUUAAGCGAAACACUCAGUAUAAGAUGUUUGAGUGGAAGGCCUUGACUCACUGGCUGACAAUUCCUAUUCUUUUGGAACUUGAGAUGCCUAUGGAAGUUGUUCGUAAUUUUGCUCGCUUUGUCAAAAUAGUCAAUUUUGCCAUGGAAAUUACUGGAAGGACAGAAGAUGACCUGACAACAAUCCGCAAGGAGAUUGUCAUAUUUCUGAAUGAAUUCCAGGGGCUGUAUGUAGAUGAUGAAACAAAGGCAUCAAGGAUGCGCCUUUCUAUGUUUCAUCUGCUAUACAUACCUGAGCACAUCCGGUGGAAUGGAUCCUACCGUAUUGGCUCACAGGGUACACUUGAAAGGCAUAUUGGUGUUUUGGAGCACAGAAUUAGGUCAAGAAAGGAGCCAUUUGUCAAUUUGGCCAACAAGAUCUAUGAAGACCAAUUAGUAAAAAAUCUUUUGCAUUAUUAUCCAUCACUUGGUAUACCUGUAGACCCUCCAAAGCCUCGUGCACCUACAGGAAAGGUCCACAUCCGGAAAAAAGAAAAACAGGACAACAACUCAGUUUAUAGCCAGCACUUAAGGGCAGUGUGUAAAUGGUUGAAAGUGAAAUAUGACACAGAUAUAAAUUGGCUGGAGAGGUUUGGCAAAGUGCCUUUGCCUAGUGGUGUAUAUCUUCGAAGUCGACUUAAUGAAUCAGGAAGCAAACAAGGUCAAGGAGUUUCAAGAUCAGCAAAAUAUUUCGAGGCAGUUGAACAUGGAAGACAGGUGUUUGGGGAAGCACUGUCCUUCUAUGAGGAUACAAUCAGGAAUGUGCUGCUGGUUGUCUAUCAUCCCUUCAUUGAUGUGGAAACCCACUGGGACGCUGUGACAUAUGGAAAACAAAGCAACACAUUGGAGGUAAUGAAGGUUGAGUCAAUAAACAACCCAAUUGGCAUAUCGUAUGGAAAGCAGAAGCGGAUUUACAUUUAUAGAAAACACUCAGCCAUGUCAGUAUAUGAUGGGGAUAUGUAA